AUGCAAGAAAAUGAUUUAAAGCAUUUACCUUCAUAUGAAUUUUAUGAUGGCUUUAAUAAAAAGAAUGAUUUAUGUAAUUCAGUUGAUCAUUGUAAAAAAAUAAGUGAACAUUUUCAUAAUAACGAAAGAAUUCGUGAAAUUUGCAACAUGCUUAUAGCAAAUAUAUUUUACUUCAGAGAUAAACACACAGACAAUACACCAUUUUUCCACAAGCAUUGUUAUGACUUGAAUUAUUGGUUAUAUGAUCAGUUGUCUACGUUUCGUGAUCAAAAUAAUAAAAAUAUUACUAUUAAUUCUACCUUUACAGAAUUUAGUAAAGUAUGGAGGUCUUUUAUUGAAAAAGAAUUAUUGGAUGGUACAAAUAGUAGCAUAUGCAUGCCGGAACCAAAAUUUUAUGAAAAGAAACUAAUUAAACAUUUGAAAGAUUUGUUUGAUUACGCUGAAAAUUAUAAAAGAAUUGAAAAUGAAAUUACUAAGUCCAGUGAAAAACCAAAAAUAUAUUGCUCAUAUAUUUUAGGAAAAGUUCAUUUAUAUUUCAUGGGUAAAAAAUUAUGUUCAUAUGGAGAAAGUGACAGAUGUACAACAUAUAUAGGAAAUUAUAAACAGUAUGAUCCUAGUACAUUAUUGUCUCAAUUAUCAUGUCUUGGAGGAGAAAUAGGUAACAUUCCUAUUGAUAAGGAUCUUAUAACAGAAGUGCUAAAAUUCCAAGAGUCAAUUCCUAACUUUGUGAUCCCAGAUCUAAGUAAGCUAACCGAUCUUCAAGGUGAAUUUAUGAAAUCUUUGGAAGGUUUAAUGAAAAAUGGAUUUGCCUCAAUAGGUAUAGAAUCUCUUUUUAAUGUAUUUCCAUCCUUAUCAGAUAUACUUAACUCUGAUGUGUUUAAGCAAUAUAUCAUGCCAUCUCUUUAUGGUACUGGAAGUCUUAUCCUUUUUUUCAUUUUAUAUAAGGUAAAUUCAAAAUAUAUUUUAAAAUAUGAACAUUUUAAAACAGCAUUAAUAGUUUAUUGUUUUGAAAUACUUACCAUUAUAAAUUACGCACAAUUCAUAAAUAUGUAUAUCUUUCCCCUUUCUAUCUUAGUGCAAGUCUAG